AUGUUACUCUUCUGCCCCCAUUGCGCAAACAUCCUCACCGUCUCCCUCACAAGCACACGAACCAACCGCCUCGAGUGCCGCACCUGCCCCUUCGAGCACCACAUCACCGAGCCCGUCUUCUCGCGACGAAUGUACGAGCGGGUCGAGAGGGAAGAUGUCUUUGGAGGUCCAGGCGCCUGGGACAAUGCGCAGAAGGGCCAGGUCCAAUGCCCCAAUGACGGAUGCGAUGGCGACGAGGCCGCGUUCUUCCAGGUCCAGAUCCGCAGUGCCGAUGAACCUAUGACAAGCUUCUACAAGUGCAUGACCUGCGGUCACCGAUGGAGAGAAAACUGA